AGGGGGAGGAGGAUGGGCUCUGUAACUCAGCCCCAGCGCUUGCCAGGCUCCACGUUCUGCUUUGGGGCUCGCAGGAAGGACAGACACCAUCAUCCUCUCGGGAUGUGAAGGAAGGAGCAGACUUUGGGCUGCCAAGUCAGGAAGGGGGGAUUCAGGCUCUGGAGCAAAUGAAGAGACAAUUCCUCUUCACCAUCGACUGUUCUGGGGAGGAUUUUCCAGCAUGAGGCAGCAAGGAGGGGAAAGGAAGGAGCAUGAAGAGCCUGAGGAAGCUGGGAAGAGCCCAGGGGCCAGAGCAGCACAUGGAGGGUGGGCUUGGGCAGUGGUGCUUCACUUCUUCCUGGUCAAUGUCCUCGUGAUGGGGAUGCUCAAGACCUUUGGGAUUUUCUUUGUGGCUUUCCGAGAGGAGGUGGGGGGCUCCUCUGAGCAGGUCAGCUGGAUUGGCUCCAUCAUGUCCUCCCUGCGCUUCCUAGGAGCCCCGCUCGUGUCCAUCGUGUGCCGGGGGCUGGGGGAACGUCCCACCUCCCUCCUCGGGGCCGGGCUGGUGGCCGGGGGGUGCCUGGUCAGCACCCAAGCCACCAGUGUCCCCUUCCUCUGCAUCUCCAUGGGACUCCUCCUGGGGCUGGGCUUUUCCUGCCUGUACCAGGCGGCCGCAGUGAUGACGGCCAAGCGCUGCCGGGCACGGCUGGGCUUCUCCAACGCCCUGGCCCGCUCUGGGAUGGGGCUCACCUUCCUCAUGGCACCCUUCACCCAGCUCCUCCUCGACUUCUAUGGCUGGCAAGGAACUCUCCUGAUUUUUGGAGGCAUCAUGUUGAACCUGGUGCCUUCCAGCCUGUUGCUGAGACCCAUCAGCACCCGACACUCCUCUGCCAAAACCCAAGGCUGUGAGUCACCAAUGGCACAGAAGGACCCAGAAACUCCUGAUGGAGGUUUAGAUGGAACCACUGACAGGGAAUUACACCCUCACAAGGCACAGGAGCUUCCCACCACAGAGAGACUCCUGAUGUCCCACGGCAAAGAUGUCUCUGAUCCCACAAAUCCAUCUGCUUUGGGAAAGCUGGAGAAACCCACCCCAGGCAGAUCCUCACCAGAAACGGCCACAGGGGCCAAGAGAAGCAACAAACCCCUUUCAGCAACCAAAAAAGAAACUUCUCAGCCUCUCCUGGACUUGUCCCCCCUGAAGGAUCCUGUUUUCUUCAUCUUCACGUGGUCUUUUUUGUUCAGCCACUUGGCCUAUUUCGUGCCCUUCUUUCACCUGGUGGCAAGAGCCAGGACCCUGGGAAUGAGCAGCAUGGAUGGCUCCUACCUCAUCUCAGUGGCUGCCCUUUGUGGUCGUAGCAGGCAGGUGAAACUGGGACGUGCCACCAGGAAAAAGAGGAAAAACUAUCCCAAUGAAGCGUUUUCUGAGGCUCUGGUGGCUCCUGUUCCCUCAGGCAUCACGGAGAUGCUGAGCCAGCUGCUCUCGGGCUGGGUGGCCGACCAGAACUGGACCAAGAAGUACCAUUUCCACGUGACUUACCUGGUCCUGAGCGGGCUCACAAACCUCCUGGGGCCCCUGGCCACGACGUUCCCGCUGCUCCUCGCCUACACCGUGGCCUUCUCCGUGUCCUGUGGGGGGUUCAUGGCUCUGGUGCUCCCGGUGCUGGUGGAUCUGGUGGGUGUGGAAAAGCUCCACAGCUACCUGGGGUUUGCUGCCUUCUUUGCAGGGAUAGCAGCCAUUGGAGGACCUCCUCUGGCAGGUUGGCUCUACGACUACACCCAGACCUACGCGUGCUCCUUCCUCCUGGCCGGGGCCUGUGCCCUGCUCUCGCCCCUGUCCUUCUGCCUCGAGCCCUGGGCACAGAGAUGGAAACUCAAACGGGCCCGUCUGAGCCCCGACCCCAGGGCUGGCUGAGGGGGAAAGGCUGGAGCUGUAUGACACAGGCAAAGCCAUGGCCAGCACUGCCCAGCUGUCCUGGGAAUGCCAACACAGCAACAGUGGAGACGGGAAUUGCAGAGGAGAGGCUCAGUCUGAAUAUCUGGAUAUUGCUCCUGAUUGGAUUCUGGGGUUAUAUCUGGAUAUUUCUCCCAAUUACCUUCACUUUGGGUAUCUGGAUACUUCUCCUGAUUAGAUUUAUUUUUGGUAUCUGGAUAUUGCCCCUGAUUAGAUUCAGUUUU